AUGCAAAGAACCUGGGUGCUGCUGCUACUAGCCCUGAGGCUCCAGCUGUCCCGCAGUGUCAUUCCAGUGGCUGAGGAAGAUGCAGCUUUCUGGAACCGAAAGGCAGCCGAGGCCCUGAAUGCCGCCAAGAAGCUGCAGCCCAUUCAGACCUCGGCCAAGAACCUCAUCCUCUUCCUGGGGGACGGCAUGGGGGUGCCCACGGUGACGGCCACCCGCAUCCUCAAGGGGCAGAUGGGGGGCCAUCUGGGACCUGAGACGCCCCUGGCCAUGGACCGCUUCCCUUACAUGGCUCUGUCCAAGACUUACAACGUGGACAGACAGGUCCCAGACAGCGCAGGCACUGCUACAGCCUACCUGUGCGGGGUCAAGGCCAACUACAAGACCAUCGGGCUGAGCGCGGCUGCUCGUGUGGACCAGUGCAACACCACCUUUGGCAACGAGGUCUCGUCUGUGAUGCACCGCGCCAAGCGAGCAGGGAAGUCGGUGGGCGUGGUGACCACCACCCGCGUGCAGCACGCGUCCCCGGCGGGCACCUACGCACACACGGUGAACCGCAACUGGUACUCAGACGCCGACAUGCCGGCCUCGGCGCUGCAGGAGGGCUGCCGGGACAUUGCUAUGCAGCUCGUCUCCAACAUGGACAUCGACGUGAUCCUGGGCGGGGGCCGCAAGUUCAUGUUCCCCAAGGGGACCCCGGACCCCGAAUACCCAGCGGACGCCACGCGGGCAGGAAGCAGGCUGGACGGACGCGACCUGGUGCAGGAGUGGCUGGGGCAGCACCAGGGGGCGCAGUACGUGUGGAACCGCACAGGCCUCCUGCAGGCGGCCCAGGACCCCGCGGCCACUCACCUCCUGGGCCUGUUCGAGCCCACCGAGAUGAAGUACGAGAUGAGCCGAGACCCCGCGCUGGACCCGUCCCUGGAGGAGAUGACCGAGGCGGCGCUGCGGGUGCUGAGCAGGAACCCGCGGGGCUUCUACCUCUUCGUGGAGGGGGGCCGCAUCGACCAAGGCCACCACGAGGGCGUCGCACACAAGGCGCUGACGGAGGCCGUCAUGUUCGACGCCGCCAUCGAGAAGGCGGCGCUGCUCACCGACGAGCAGGACACGCUGACCCUCGUCACCGCCGACCACUCCCACGUCUUCUCCUUCGGGGGCUACACACAGCGGGGCACCUCCAUCUUUGGGCUGGCUCCACAGAAGGCCUUAGACGGCAAGUCCUACACGUCCAUCCUCUACGGUAACGGCCCUGGCUACGUGCAAGGCACCCGGCCCAAUGUCACAGAAAGCGAGAGCGUCGCAGAAACAUACCGGCAGCAGGCGGCCGUGCCCUUGGCCUCAGAGACUCACGGCGGGGAGGACGUGGCGGUGUUCUCCCGUGGCCCGCAGGCGCACCUGAUGCAUGGCGUCCAAGAGCAGAACUACAUCGCGCACGUCAUGGCCUUCGCCGCCUGCCUGGAGCCCUACACCGACUGCGGCCUGCCGCCCCCGGCCGGACAGACCAACACCUCCAACCCCGGCCCCAGCCCGGCCACGGCUCCACCUCUGCUGCUGCUGGCCGGAACGCUGCUGCUGUUAGUGGGAAUGCCAGAGGCCCUCUGA